CCAUCCGCAGUUCGUUCAGGCCGCCUAGGCCGCACGUCCGACUCCCGAGCGCUGCCAACCACACACCUAAACGCGCCGCUCACGCCCAUCAGCUUCCUCGAGCGCACCACGCUCGUCUACCCCGACCGCCCCUCCAUCGUCGCCGCUGGACACGACGCCGCGCCGCCGCCCCGCACCUGGCGGCAGACCCGGGACUGCUGCCUCCGCCUCGCCGCCGCGCUCGCGGGGCUCGGCGUCGCGCGCCGUGACGUGGUUGCGGUGUUCGCGCAGAACAUCCCGGCCUUCUGCGAGCUCCACUUCGGCAUUCCCAUGGCGGGCGCCGUGAUCUGCGCGCUCAACUCGCGGCUCGACGCCGGCAUGGCGUCCGUGCUGCUGCAGCACUCGGAGGCCAAGGUCGUGUUCGUGGACGCCGUGCUGCUGGGCGUCGCCCGGGAAGCGCUCCGCUUCAUCUCCCAGCAGGCCGGCGGAGCGAGCAGGGUACCCGCCGUGGUGCUAAUCAACGGGGCGCUCGACGAGCCGCCGCCAGCGGCGACAGGAAACAACAAGAUCCCAGGCGUCGAUCGAUGCUACGAGUACGAGGCCCUCCUCAGCAACAGCAGAGGCGGCGAUCCAGAGUUCUUGAUCCGGUGGCCGGACGAUGAGAACGAGCCGAUCGCGCUGGAUCUGCGUGCAGGGGCGGUGAAUCGCGGGGAGGGGCGCUGGAUCUGCGGGCGGUGAAUCGCGGGGGGGGGGGGGGGGGCGGUGAAUCGCGGGGAGGGGCGCUGGAUCUGCGGGCGGUGAAUCGCGGGGGGGGGGGGGGGGGGCGGUGAAUCGUGGGGAGGGGCGCUGGAUCUGCGGGCGGUGGGUGAAUCGCGGGGGGCGGGGGGCGCUGGAUCCGCGUGCGGGCUGACGUGAGCGCUGAGCGGGAUUCGCGGCGUGGACGUUGAGGCGGGGGCAGUCUACGCUCCACUCUUAAUAGUUGUAGAGAUGUUAUCGGCUAUGUGCACUCUAGUUGUGUAGAGGAUGGCUUCCAUGUUGUAUCUGCGUGAUGCUAACUCUUGAGGGCGUUUAGUUUGUGAAUGUGAUAAUGCAGUAGCGCCGGAUCUUUUCUU